GAAAGUCAUAACCCUUAUAAUCAGAUCAGCCGAAGCUCGAAGUGUGCUUGUUAUUUGCGAGAGCUCCAGGUCAACAAGAGGAAGCCCAACGCACAACAUCUUACCUUAUGACCUUCAUGUAGAAGGAACCUUAGGUAAAGGAGUACAAUUGGGGGCACCCCAGUGAUAAGUAUAGCGUUGUGCGUAAUGCAGAGGCGGGUGUGCGUAAUACCUGUCGCUGUUAACACGAGGAAUGAGAACAUAUCAUUCGCCUCGCAUGGCUACAAGACGGACUCGCAUAGUCUGUGUAUCCGAUACUCACAACCAAACCCCUAGACUACCCUCUGGAGACAUCCUCGUCCACGCUGGUGACCUCACAAACCAAGGAUCUCGGUCUGAACUUGAGAAGACCGUCAGUUGGUUGGCAAAGACAGACUUCAAGAUCAAGAUUGUUGUUAGUGGCAAUCAUGACAUUACUGCUGAUGUAGAUUUCUAUCGAGAAUACGGAGCUUACUUCCAUAGCCAGAAAAGGGAAGACCCUGAGCAAUGCAUCGCCCUCCUCUCGUCACACUCGAUUGUAUACCUGAAUCACGAGGCAAGACAGAUAUGGCUCACUCACGAUGAUGGUGCUGUAACUCCGUUGAAGAUCUUCGGGUCGCCCUAUUCCCCAUCAAGAGGGUGCUGGGCUUUUGGUUAUUCAGCCGAGGAAGCUUCCUGUCUGUGGGAUCAGAUUCCUCUGGACUCGGAUAUUGUGGUAACGCAUACGCCAGCGAAAUACCACCGAGAUGAAUGUAGCACGAGGGGAACGGCAGGAUGCGAGAUCCUCCGCCAGACACUAUGGAGAGUCCGCCCACGCUUAUUCGUCUGUGGACAUAUUCACGAAGCAUAUGGAGUCGAGGUGGUCGCGUGGGACUUGUCGUCUCCUAACGUGAAGUUCAGAGAGCAGGAUGUCCGUUACUGGGAGGACUCUCACGCGGAGACUACGAAGCAAUACGCUGUUGACCUGUCGUCUAGAGCAAAGUCACUGAUGCUCAAGAAUGAUGGAAGCGUUGGACGCCUGGUGGGAAGUCGACAGCUAAAUCGGCUUCGUGGGGCUGAAGGUGACGGCCCAGCGGACGACAUAUCACUUGACGAGGACACAGAAAACGAAUCUAUGCUUCUCAGCCUCCCGACUUCUGAUCCGCAACCCUUUCCAGAGUUUGACAAAGCUCAGCGCCCGCCUUCACCGAUGGCUGAUCUGGGCAGCAUCAAAGGUCUCUCGAAUCGGGGCCAAGGUGGUCCGGGAUCCAGCUCAAGAUCCGAUCAGGAAGCGAUUUUGGGUCGUGAAGGUAGGCGGGAGACCUGCAUCGUGAAUGCUGCAUACAUGGCAACAAAUUGGCCGCACAAGGCUGGCAAGAAGUUUCACAAGCCUAUCGUCAUUGUUAUUGACCUACCAGUCGAGUAUCCAACUUCGACCACGCAGUCGGGAUAAACUGCAAUUUCAACUUAUAUCUUUUCAACUCCACACCAUUCCGCAAUGAACAAGGCCAUGGCUACCGUUGUUUUCUUUACACUUUCGAUGCUCACCCAUUCAUCAAAGCCAUGUACAUCCGCACCAAUCGGUCCAUACACAAGCGCUGGAAUCUUGUCGUACAAGCUGUGCACUCUAGCAUCCAGAUACGCAGUCGAAGUCUGAGUCGUGAGUUCGCUGCCUGUCGCCUGCUUAUGAGCCUUGCGAAGAAUGUUUUCCGCUUCAGUUCCCGGCUCCAGUGUAUAUCCUUCCGCAAAGAAACCGUUCCAGUUCACCUUGGGAGGGUUGUUGCCGAGGUAUGGGUGCGUUGCAGCGUACGUUGCGACCUUCUUUUCAAUUUCGUCGGCAGCGGAUCUGGCCGUUGUGCCAGGAGUGAUGGCAAUACGGCAGUCAAUUUUGCACCAAGCAGGCACCGAGCUUGCCCAAUCGCCGGCAUUGACUAUUGCAAUAUUCAGAUCUGUUUUGAAAAUAUCGUCAGCCACAUUCAACUUAGUGUAUGGUCUCGGUUAGGCGUGAUUGUCGGUUCGAAAACAAGGCCUGAACUACCCAAAUUCUCGUAACUCGAGCCUUCUUUGUUGGACAUUGCACAGCGAAGCAGGAUGCAUGCUGACCACCGAUGCAUACCUGGGUGCAGACAUUCUUUCGUGCAUCGAGUACAGUGGAACUAGGAUUACCUCUGUGGCGGCUGACCUCACACGGAUCUAAUAUAGGCAACGAGAGGAGUGACUUACUCAGUGGAUGCUUUUCCUCCUCGAAAUACUUCGUCUUCACAUGUCGCUGGUUCCAUUCUGCUUCGAGCUCUCUCAAUGCUCCAACCACUCCCCAGCAUGCAUCGACCGCAUUCACGCCCGUUCCCAUGGUCCUCACGUGCACCGGUCGACCGCGGACCUCGAUUUGAAACCACAAUACGCCAACAUUCGCCCGCACAAGCUGCUCCUGUACGGGUUCCGGGAUCAGCACGGCGUCGGCCUUGUAGCCCUUCAGAUGUGUCAUCAUGGUGCCAUUGCCUGUAGAUUCCUCCUCGGGGACAGACUGGAUAAUGACUUCCGAUGCAGGUUGAAGGCCAAUCUUUCGGAGAGCGUCGAGCGCGAAGAUGUUGCUUGCGUGGCCAGAGCGCAUGUCGGCGGCACCACCUGAUUGUGCGAAAUGUCAGUCACCAUCAUCAUCGGUUGUCAUCUUGGACACGCAAACAUCGCCAGACCUCAACGUGACAUGUACUUUAAUUGUUGAUGGGGGGAUUAAUUUGGCCGGUCUAUUGCAAGAGUUCAAGGACGCGGAAAGAGAAGGAGAACUGAGAAACCUACGGCCAUAAAGCUUGUCGCCUUCAAUCUUUGCACUGUACGGGUCGUCUGCCCACAUGUCCACGGGCCCAAGGGGGACGACGUCGAUGUGCCCGUUGAGGAUCAGGCUCUUCCCGCCCUCACACUGGGACUUGGGCUUGUGGACGCCCACGACCACCGGGGCUCGACUGUGCGUCGGACUGAAGUUGCCCGCCCCCUCGUGCUUCCCCAGCUCGGACUCGUCCAUGUCGAACUUGACGGGAGCGUAGCCGCGGGUGGCAAAGGCAUCGAAUACAAAGUCUUGCACAGCACCUUCUUCGCCGCGCUGCCCGCCGAACCUGAUGAGUUGCUGCGUGUACGACAAUUGGGCCUCGAAGUUGUCGUGGACCGACUGCGUUAUCGCAUUGAUUUGGUCAGUCGUUAGAGACGGCAUGAUUUGGAACGAUAGGUCUUGUAACGAGGAUACACGCUGUCGAAUAGUCUUGGUAUGAGGUAGAGUAAUAACUAACAGUGUACCUACCGACCUAAAGUAGAG